CAAAAAGAUAAUAUCUAUUGGUCUUGCAGUGUGUGCUCGGGGUUGGGAUAUUGUCUGUUGUAUAAUGGGUUCCCAAGCUGGUGGUAUAUACCAACCAUCUUCCUUAUUGAAAUUUGGAUAUUUCUUAAUCUCAAUAGCUUCGCGUAUCAUUCUAGGAAUGAACCGUUCUACAGUUGCGAGGACCUGUGGUUUAUGAAAUCUAAUGUAAUGGUUUGGUCCCCCUUAUGCAUGUUGACAUACUGCAGACUUAUUUUCGCGCCUAUGUCUCAUAUCUGCGAUAUGUUCUUUAACCCGAGUCGCUAUACUCCUCUUUGUUUUCCGAUGUAGGAGAGCUCACAGUCGCAUACAAGUUUAUAGACACCAGCAACUUGAAAGGGUAUAUUGACAGGUCGCAGAAACUGGUUGAUCUUUUUUGGCGGCUUGAAGUAUGUGUUGAUCGAAGCACGCUUCAGAAUCCUCCUAACCUUGUCAGUGACUCCUUUAUGGUUAAUCCUCAUUUAAUUAAAACGAUCUCUUUUACGCGGGUCUCAUUACUGACAUAUUCCCGAUACUUUUAACACAGAAUGUAUAUAUUUCUCCGGAAUAUAGUAUUUGAUCCUCCAACAUAGUACGAUACUAUAUUAAAUAGUAGGGUUGGUAACCCUAGUCAGUACAUGCCAUUCAUUCUUACAGAAUUUUGUAAACGACACAAGUUUUCGUAUAGGCAUAUAAAUAUCAAAGUCACAUUGUAAACAUUAAAGGGACAACUGCGUUUUGAGAUUUCUUAAUUUGGAAAAGAGACGGCCAUAUUUGUUGAACAACGCCACAAAAGAAGUAUUUCUUAAGGUACGAGUAUUUGCAAUUGAAGUGGCGCGGAGUUCCAUAUUGUUCUAUUUGAUUCGUUACGUAUUCAACUAUCGUGAGCUUUGAGGCUGAUGCUUCGGUUGUUGGUCGUGUUCCCGCCCAUUUCGGCGAGUUAGUGGUGCGCAUGCGUGCGCUAAGCCUUUUCCAGUUUCCCGUACUAAGCCGGUGUUGCAUCGUCUCGCCAAACCAACUGCCAAGCACUCGUCUGGUAGACAAGGCAACAGCGUGAGUCUUUGUUAUUGCGCAACUUACGCAUUAUUAACGUCACUGAAGAAAGUCCUACUAGCUGGCGCUUAUCUUGGUAUAGGGUGUUAUCCUAAUCAUGUUACAAAACAAUAAUGACAUGCAUUGACUUGAUUACUAUUAAUUAUUAUUAUUAUUUGAUCAUUUGUUUUUACCAGUAAACAUACGUACAUGAUAUAAAGAAACAGAAUCCCCAAAAGGUACAUAAAUACAAAAUUAUUAAACAAUUGUAUUUUUUUCUUAAACUUUCAUAGUCACUAUAAAUUAUUGUAAUUUAAUAUGUUAUUUACAAGCAUUGCAAGCGUUCCAUGAUUACUCUGAUAUCAUGGCGCUUACAACAGUGCCGAAAUAUCGUAAACUCGCUCAAAACAAGUUAUAUGGUAAAAAUCCCGUAAAUAACAUUAAUUAUUAUAAUCUUUGCAUUUCAUCUUAACAUUUGGUUCAAUGCUAAUAAUUUAAUUUUAUUCGGUAUUAUUUUCACAGAAAAAUCUGCUUUGUAUUCAGCCAGCCCAUGAAAAUAAUCUCUAUACUUAUACAAAAAACAACGUAAGGGGUCGACAUUAUUUAUAUUAUUUAUUAUUACAAGUUGUUUUUCUUGUAGUGAGGGUAUAAAAAAGGUUUUAAACAACAUUUUUCUGUGAGCGCAAGUGCUCAUGAAAAAACCUCCAGAAGCCAUUAGAAAAUUUAGUAAUCAGUAUCGUGUUUUGUAUAAAUCUCAACAUUACUCAUUUCCUUAUUAGGAACUAGCGGCCGCCCACGCCUUCGUCCGCGUAACUUUAGUUCUUUGAAAACCACUCAGGAAUCUAACACUUUUCCGGGAUAAAAGUAUCUCUUGUUUCCAUUCAGUUUAUAAGUCGUCUUUGUGUGUAUUUUACACAUUCUUAACCGUUAUUGCGUGAUUGAGUAACAAACAUAAAAAGUUUUCACAUUUAUACUAUUAGUAGGAUAGAAUUGCACCCAUAUUCCGUGGCGGAUCGCUAGUUACCUAUAAUACCAAAACAGGACUCUUCAAAACAAGUUGGUUUGUUUAACUCUCUGCUCAAGCUUUCGGAAUUAAAUGAAAAUAUUGACUACACUUAGUGCGAGACUUUUCCCGUUUGCAGUCGAUUCCCACAUGUCCCUACUAUCGACAUCGAUUUUAUCGAAACUUGAAGUUCUUCAUAUAAAAGGCGUCCGCCUCGUUCUGUGUACCUUCGCAGAGUGCUGCCGAACCAAACACCGGUAAUUUCUCUAUCGUAAAGUUGAACUACUGCGCAUGCCCAAUGUUUUUUCAAACGGGAAGCAAAUUUCCGGACAUUUCUUGCCAUGAAAAUGAUAAUUUUCAGUGUUUUAUUUCUACGUCUAGGUGUAGUACUUUAUUUUGUUAUUUGGCUGACUCUUUGAAAUAAAAUCUCUUGAUUACUAUUAUCUCUCAGAUCAAAUACCACUUUGUCAGAGUUAGUUGUCUUUCUAAAAUGAUAAAAUACAUAUUUGAUUUUUAAUAAUUAAUUUCUGUUUUAUUAGUUUUCGAUGCAGCUUAAAGGUUAGCAUCCACCAGGCUAACCUUUAUAUUUCAGCUUGAGUCAAUUUCAAACUAGAUGACAAGAAAUAUUCUGCUUAUAAAUAUUUAAUCUAAUUCUUUUCAUUGAUGAUGGAUCAUAUAUGAUUAUGAAAAAAUAAUAUAAUCAUAUUCAUACAUUAUAGAACGAGAUUGAGCCCGCUUCCGCUUUUCUUCGCGAUGUGGCCAUCGAUCUAUUCGGAACUUGUUGAACUCAGCGUGCAAAGCGUCUGCUCUAUGUUCUCGACUACGGCGGAGUGCCGAUGUUUGCCGAAUACGAAUACAUACAAGCGAACUCCUAAUGCGAAGGUUGGACACUCUGCGCAUGUCUAGCUAGCUUUACGUGGAGGGGGGGUAACUGCAAUCCAAACAUAACAAAGACCGUUUUCUGGGGAUCGUUUAUUAGACGCUUAUUAAUAUUACAGUUUAGCAUUUUUUUUUCUGAAGGCAUAUAACGAAAAUUAAUGGGUUAAGAUCACCAUUAUGAACCACUGGACUGCUCUUCCAACGAAGUGAACGAUGUGCAUUCAUUUUUCUUUCGGAUGUGUAACAAAGUACAUAGUACUUAAAUCUAAUAUGAUAAUUUCGACUGGUUUGAGGCUUUCAAAUUAUGUCUUUGUUUGUGAUCUUACAAAAACUAAAUUAAAUAAGCAUUUUGCUUGUCUAUUACUAGCGGCCGCCCGCGACUUUGGCCGCGUGAACUAACGCGUUUAGUUUUUUAAGUAUUCCCCAGGAACCUAUUUAUUAGCCAUAAAAAGUAUCACAUGUCGCAAUCCUGAUAAUAAAUGAUAUGUGUGGGUUUAUUGGUUUAAUACUAAAAACAUACUUAUCGUUUUUUUUAGUUUAACAUAUUUAUUUAUUAAUUUAACCUCCUUAGGGUUACCAAAUAAAUAGGAAUAUGGCAGGGCAAUCAUGGUCUUGCAUAAAACUUCGUAAAGGACCUAAUCAAAACCAAUAAAUACCAUUAGGAAAACCAAAAAUUAGAUGAAUAAUAAAAAAAUAAUAAAUUUCUUCAAAGAAGUAUUAUUAUGUAUUAUUAAUUGAUAAGAACGUUUAUAUUCGCAUAACGUUGCAAAUUAUAAGUUAUUUCAUUCAUGUUGCUGCUGGCAGGUAAUAGGAUCUUUUUAUAUUGGUUAUCAAAGAAGGUCAGUAAAAAAUUGCUUCGGUUUUCUAUUUUUGGUCACUCUUGUUUCAGCUAAAUAACAAAGAAUAAAGCAUUAAUUUAUAAAAGAUUAGGUGUUGUGUUAACGUAAUUUAUUUAUGCUAUCCACGUAUUUGCAGUUUGCACACAAUCAAAAGCUAUCAUAGAACUACUCUUUAUGGUAACUAAUUAUAUGAGAAUUGAAAGCAGAAGAAAAGAAAGAAAAAGAUUAUUUUGAUUCAAGAGUGCGCUUCGUUCUUUUCUCUUCUCUUCUAUUUAAAGGAAUUUCAAUAACAGAACCGAUAAGUCUGAUCCUAAUAAUUUAUCCUAUAUUUUGAUGUGCAAGUCCAAGGGAGAUAUUGUGCAGCAUAAAAAUCGCAAGCUUUCUAUUUGAUUUUUUGCGUUAUUUUUGCGUCAGUGUGUGCAAAACCUUACGCUAAGACGAACGUAAAUGUUUGAGUCGCCUGAAUUUUGAUCGCUAACCAUAGAGCAACCCGGCUGACGCGGCAGGAGGGAAGUAGGCAUACACAGCAGCAAAGAAAAGCCAAAAUGUUCUGUAAUUUGCUCUCCCUGCUGUCAGUCGUGUUAGCGUCAAAGAGAAACACGGUCAUCAAUAUAGGACAGUGUCCUAUUUGACGUUCGCGUGAUGUAGUUUAAUUUGUAUGAACAAAGUUCGCGUCAAUCAUCGAAUAUCGCCAAUUCACCUCCUAUUAUAACUACGGCUAACACCUCCUUCCCCUUGUUAUUUAUUUAUAUUACAUCAAUGAAUCCAGUGGAGAAUUAAAACUUUUAUGCGCCUUAAUUAUUAAAACUUUUUUCGCAGAGUUCCCACCAGCAACUUCACAGUGAACGAUGUGCGCAUGUGCGUCGGCUCGCGGCGACUCCUCGACGUGAUGGACGUUAACACCCAGAAGAACAUCGAGAUGACUAUGAAGGAUUGGCAGCGCUACUACGAUGACCCGAACAAAGAGCGGCUUCUAAACGUGAUUUCGUUAGAGUUCUCGCACACGAGACUUGAGAACUACGUGCAGGCACCGCGCAUCGUGCGACUCAUCGACUGGGUCGACACAGUGUGGCCGCGACACUUGAAGGAUCAACAGACGGAGUCAACCAAUGCGCUGGACGAUAUGAUGUACCCAAAAGUACAGAAGUAUUGUCUAAUGUCGGUGAAGGGGUGUUACACAGAUUUCCACAUAGACUUUGGUGGCACAUCUGUCUGGUACCACAUUUUAAGAGGUGCGAAAGUCUUCUGGCUCAUCCCGCCCACAGAGAAGAAUCUGCAGUUGUACGAAAAGUGGGUUUUAUCAGGCAAACAAUCCGAUGUCUUUUUUGGUGAUACUGUAGAAAAAUGCGUCAGAGUUCACCUUCAAGCGGGGCACACUUUCUUCAUUCCCACGGGGUGGAUCCACGCGGUGUAUACUCCUAGUGACUCGCUCGUCUUCGGCGGUAACUUCCUCCAUCAGUUCGGCAUUGAGAAACAACUCAAGAUAGCUCAAGUAGAGGAUGUCACCAAGGUGCCCCAAAAGUUCCGGUAUCCGUUCUUCACUGAAAUGCUGUGGUACGUGCUGGAUAGAUACGUGAGCGCUCUACUAGGCCGCUCCCACCUCGCCGCCGAGGGGCAGUCUACGCCGCCCACGCCGCCCAAGGAACACAUCCACCUCACGCAGAACGAACUUCACGGCCUCAAGGCCAUUGUAAUGUACCUCCACCAGUUACCUGCAGCGCGUAAAUCUGUCCCAGAGCUCCUCUCAGACCCGAUAGCUUUAGUGCGCGACGUGAGAACAUUGGUGGAACAACAUAGGCAUGAUAAGCAACACUUGGCGAUCACUGGAAACCCUGUACUCAAAGGCCCAGAGGAAUCCAGUACAGAGAGACGGCAGUCCAGCGGUCGCGGGGGCCGUGGCGGCGGUCACCGAGGUGGGCCUGUUAGACCCCGCCCGGAUCACGCUAAUAAUGCCCCCAGAAGGCGCAGGACAAGGUGCAAGAAAUGCGAAGCGUGUCAGCGAACAGACUGCGGGGAAUGCGUCUUCUGUCACGAUAUGGUUAAGUUCGGUGGGCUCGGGCGCGCCAAGCAGACAUGCGUUAUGCGGCAAUGUUUGCAGCCCAUGUUACCGGUUACUGCUUCCUGUGCGGUAUGUCAUCUCGAUGGGUGGAUGCAGACACCGGUCGCGCCGCAGGCAAAGGGUAACUCCGGUCGCGUGGGCCCGUCGUCGUUGCGCGAGUGCUCCGUCUGCUACAGCAUCGUGCACGGCGCGUGCGUGCAGCCCGGCGGGCAGAUCAACGAGGAUCUGCCCAACUCGUGGGAGUGCCCCACGUGCACCACCAUGGGGCUCAACCACGACUACAAGCCGCGUCACUUCCGGGCCCGCCAAAAAUCAUCAGAUCUCCGCAGGAUGAGCGUUGGUUCUGAUGUUUCACAACUAAAUCAACAACACAGAGAUAUACAGAAUAAGUUACCGCCCCCUCCGCCACCAGUUGCGGUGAAGUCGGAGGCGGGCUCUGACAACGAAGGCAAGAGUGAAAUACCGCAUAUCAAGUCUGAGGAGGAAAUAAAACGCGAGGAGGAAGCGGCCGUAGCAACGGAAGGGGGCGAGGGUUGGGAGCCGACCGCCAAGAAGCGACGCGCUAGCGACGAAGACGACGCGCCCAAAAAGCACGCGUUAAGGGCACACCUCGCCUUACAGUUGACACAUCAUACUACUAAGCCACUGAAGAAGCCGCUGUACCCGAUCCGGCCGGUACCAGGCGCGGGCGUCAUCAACAAUCCCGCCAACUCGCCGUGGCUGGACCGCGAGGCGAUGCUGUGCGUCUUUGCCAAGCUGACGCCGCACGAGCUCGCCGUGUGUGCGCUCGUAUGCAAGGCGUGGGCGGAGUACUCGAUGGAUCCUUCCCUAUGGAGGAGCAUGUCGUUCGUCCAAGUGCGAGUAUCGGCGGCACAGUUGGCCGGUAUCGCGCGGAGACAGCCCCUGUCACUGGGGCUCGAGUGGUGCCAUCUAGCGCGACGACAACUGGCAUGGUUACUAGCGCGGUUACCAGCCCUUCGUUCGCUAUCACUAGCCGGAUCUCCAGCAGAAGCAGCUUUAGCACUACGUUCGUCUACCUGUCCCCCUCUCACCUCGCUCGACUUAUCGUUCGCAAGAUGCUUAGACGACGCCAAGCUUAGAGGGAUCCUCGCGCCCCCAGAAAACUCGAGGCCUGGCGGUGGGGCGAGAACAGGCGCGGAACCUUCUAGACUGGCCGCGUUGAGUGUGUUGCGGUUACCCGGCACUGAUAUCACGGACGUCGCCAUGAGAUACGUUGUACAGGCAUUACCGAAGUUGUGCGAAUUGGACGCGUCAUCGUGCGCGAGGCUCACAGACGCUGGCGCGGCUCAGUUGGCUCACCACGGGCUGCAGAGGCUAUCGUUAGCGGGCUGCCGGCUACUAACUGAGGCUGCGUUAGAUCAUUUAGCGCGGUGCCCUAACCUUAUCAGGCUGGAUCUCCGACACGUGCCACUUGUCUCCACGCAAGCCGUAAUCAAGUUCGCCGCCAAGUCGAAACACAACUUGCACGUGCAAGACGUCAAACUAGUCGAGCUGAGAAAGACUUGAUCCGUCGACUCGGCUCCUCACACCGCUCCCUCCACUUGAGGAGCGCGAACUAGCCCGGAUUAUGGGGUCAGUUGUUUUAAAUUCAGUUCAAACUGUCAGGAGUUCAAAUAGUCGAGUAGCACUUGCAUUCACUACAGUGAAAAGUAAAUCGUUAUAAAAAAAAAACAUUUAAAACUGCUUAAAUUAUAAACAUCAUAUAGCAACUUUCUUUAUUUGAUUGCUUUUAUAUGAGGUAUGUCUAAAAUGCCAUCUAUGUAAAUAGGUGGUGUUGACUUUUGUUUGAAUAUAUAAAUAAUUGUUGUAUCCAUUUAUAAAGAAAAUAUAAAGUUCGAAUAUACAAAUUGUUGUAUACACAUUAAGAAUUUUAUAAAGUUCCAUAACUUUAACUUUAGCUGAUUUUUAUAUAAAGAAUAAGCGUUUCUUAUUGCGACACCCAUUACCGUAAACAUCGGGUCAUCAGAAUGAGGGCUCCUUGUACCCGAGAGUUGUGACUUUAUUUUAAACAAUUGACUCCAAAUAUUUUUGCGGAUCAGGCAAACAUGAUAUGAAUGCCCUAAUUUCCUCACGUGGUUGAGUGUAGUAUGUAUUUUGUAUGAGCUAUCCUAAUAAAGUACGCUCUUGAAAGUAUUAUAAGGUUUACUACACUAGAUCAUAGAAGGGGAUUUUAUGGAACUGACGUGUUCAAUGUUCGCCCUUUUUCCGUUUUGGUCGGGUGAUCAGAUGGCGUGGUAAUUUAGGCCUUAUUGUUAUUAUAUUAGAAGCGUGAUUUUGAUAACAAUAACACUAGCAUUUUUAAGAAGCUAGAAAAUAUUACAGCUCUAGAGUUAUAUAGCUUUCAUACAUUUGAAAUGAUCCAAUAAUUUGUUCACAUUUUGUAAUUGGAACUAUUGUUAAAGCAUUUCGUACCAGUGUGUACUUGGUAGAUUACAUUAAGUGACAAAAAUACAACAUAUCAAGAAAGCCUACAUUCCUACGUCAUCGCUUAACUGUAUUGUAGAUAUUGAAGCAAAGACUUGAGUUAGUUUAUCCUAUUAAAUUAAUUGUUGGAGUGAUACGAAAUUGUAGCUAUACCAGUUCAUAUCUGAACUGAAUACUUGGUUAGUCAAAAAUAUAUCAUUGCCGUUAUGAAACCAAAUGAUUAAAUAUUUUGGCGAAUGAUUUAUUGCAACCUUUUUGUAUUUUGUUCUUCAUCCCGUCAGAUAUGACAUUUGUUUUAGAGUUGAAUAAUAUUUUAACAAUUAAAAGGGAUACUGUCGUAUUUGUCUUGCAAUAUAAAAAUCUGUGCCAAUGUGGUUUCUAAUAUAGCACGUUUUAUACUACACAAUCAAUGGAUGAUUAUAUAGAAAAAGUUAUGUAUAUUAAUUUUAUUGCAUGCUGUUGCAUUGGUAUUAUAUUUUAUUGUUAGUUUUAUACAUUUGGUUCUGGCCGUGGGAGGCUUACACAAAUAUAAUAUUGACUGAAAAUUCUAAUAUUUGUAUCAGUUUACUGUUUUUAUUUAUAUACCGUUGGCUUAUAUUUUAUGUUUCGAAUUUAUUAACUUUAUUAAUUAUUAUGUUAUUCAUAAUAUAUUCAUGCAAGUGGUAACGUAAAAAUGCAUAAUUAUGUAAUUUUUAGAAAAUGUUAUAAGUAACAUUCAUUAAUUAAACUUAUGUUUGACGAUUUAUUUAAAGCACACCUAUAUGUAUUUGCUUAGGGGAUAAAUUUCUGCUGCAAGUACAACUCUGCCUUCAUUAAUUUAGUGACAACACGCAAAGCCUUACUCACAUAAAAAAUAUGGUUACGAAAUAAAUUUAUAAUAUGUUCAAUAUUUUUUUAUGGGGUAUUUACCCCACUUUUGAUUGAUAAAACUUGUGAAAUUCAGUAUUAAACUAUAUUAUUGAUAAUAUGAAUUUAGACUUAAUUUUGAUAAGUUUACAUAUUAUAAAUAAUACUUUUGUAGUUGGUAUUACCACGAGCUUCUAAUAUCUCUUUAUAUUUUUCAACACAUCAAAUAUCAGCCAACGUGUACCAUAAUAUUUUAUUCAGAAACUUAUAAUUUCACAUUGUAAAUAAUUCGAUAUAUUUAUUGCAUCUAUCCGUUAAAGUUGAUUUUAGUUCAUGACAAUUCAAAAUUGACUAGGUUGUAUUUUUUUAGUUCUAGUCGCUUUUUUUUUUAGUUUUAAGCCAAUGUUGUUUAGUAUUACUUAUAUGACUGUGACAGUGUUGGGUUGGUGUAAAUAGUAUCGUGAUAAAGUUUGGUCAAUCUGACGUACCCAUAUACAAUGGUAUAGGUAUAAUAUCUUCUGUUAUAACAACGAUUUUAUAUAACAAUGGAAUACGUCGCGGCAUCUAUUAUGGCUUAUUUAUGUUUUGUGAUAUACAGCGUGAAGCCAAAAGAUUUUUAGUCCUAAUUUUUUUACUGUGCUAACUAGCAAUUUUCUUAUUGUUUGCUAAUAAAUUGCCGUCUCGCAAUAUAAAGUUACUUGUAAGAAUAAUUUCUUGCGUACCUUAUUGUAUUUUCGUGAAUUAUUAUUAUUACAUUUUAUUUUCAUUAGUAGAGACGCAAACAAUAAGCAAAAAGACAUUAAUUAAUUGUUUAUGAUUCAUUUGUAUUUAUAUGAAUAUAUACACAAAUUAUAACAAUACAUUACCACGUGCCUAGCAAGUUUUAAUAUAAUACAGCUUUUGAGUAAGCAAUAAAUUAUAUUAUAUAUCAAGGUAUCGAAAUAAUUUAAAAAGCUUAAGGGAUAAUGUUUGUAUUAUUCUGUUGUAAAUUAUGGCCUCAGUCUUUACAGCAAAUUCUUUGCCACACAUGUCUUGUCUAUUUGUUAUCCAUCUUCUUACUGAAAAAUUGAUAUAAUUCAAAGGAAUUUUAUGCCGUUGCUUUCCUCACCAAACACAAAAUGGUACAAAGCACAAAUCUGUUCUUACCUGAACUCCUGUUACUCUUGUAUAUAAUUAGGAAGAACACACCAUGUUAGUUUAUAAGAGAGAACCGACUCUGGUCACAGUAAGCAAGGUCGGGGGGCCGCCUAUAGUAUUAGUUUUGGAUGAUUGAGACUGGGACUUUGCGCGUGCGCAUCCUACUGAUUGUGCUAAUUUAAGUACCUAAUGUUCGGACGAACAUUUACUUAUCACCAGGAUUUCCAAGAUAAUGCAUGUACCCGGGCAGAGUUCCAUCGCGGACUGUACAUUACUACUGUAAGUCGUUAACGAGUAACAUUUUUACUUGGAACAAUACGCUCUACAGACAGUGAGCUAGCGUCUAAGAAUCGUGUGCCUCAGUGUAUAGACUUAGUGAUAGGGAAAAUGUAAAAUUUAUAAACUGAAUACAAUCAUUACUCACUUAGGGAAAUUGAUUAUCAAAAUUAGCGAAAUGGGUGAUUAAUGAUUCUAUUGAAAUUUAAUGAUAACAUAACAAUAGAUAUUAUAGUUUUCUAAGGUGUCCUUAUGCGAGAGUUUUACCUGUUUGAAGGAUAUAAAAAGAUUUUUUGUAAUAUCUCGCAUAUAGGCGCCGUCGUCGUCGUUGGCAGAGACGGUGAUAUUAAAGCCAAUGGCUAGGUUUACAAAGUAGCGAUAUUAUUGUGAAUUUGAUGCGUUUACACGACGUAAGAUUGUAUCAUUGGUUACCAUAAGCUCUUAUAGUAUUUGAAAUAAAUAUUUACAUUGA